AUGGUGUCCCUCGUCAACGCCGGCGGCGACGACGACCUGCGCGACCCCGAGGCGCCGACGAACCACGACGAGCGCGCGCUCCAGGAGGGCUUCACGCUGGGCCGCGUCGUCUGGUUCGGCGGCAAGGACGACUGGUGGGGCGACUGGUGCUUCUACGUCGACAACGAGCACACGCUCAUCAGCACGUGGCGCGGCCACGCGCUGCACCCCUUCGAGCGCUUCGACCGCGUCUGCUACUUCCUCUGCGUCGUCUGCUUCUCGCUCUUCAUGUCGGCCUACAUCCAGCACGAGCACCCCGUGCACGAGUCGCUCGCGGUCUACUGCUUCUGGGUCGCGUUCUCGUCGUUCCUGCUCGUCGUCUACGACCUGCUCCUGCGCAUGCUCGCGACGUGCCCCUGCGUCCAGCCCGGCGCGGCGCUGCACGGCGUCUGCUGGCUCUGCCGCGACUGCUUCAAGGACGCGGGCAAGCAGAGCCUCUACAUCGCGUCGAUCUGUUCUUUGGGGCUGCUCGUCGCCGGCGUCGUGCUCGCGGUGACGGCGGACGUGGACCCGGGCAUGUACUUCGCGACCUUCGGCCUCAUGCGCGUCUGCUCCUACGUGGCGGAGUUCGGGCCCCUGGCCUACGGCUUCUACAGCCGCCGCGAGGGCCAGCGCGAGUACUGGCUCGAGGGCGCGCAGGGCGGCGCGUACCCGCUGGGCUUCGCCAAGCCCGACCCGCUCUUC